CUCUACUCGGCAUGCAUGCACGCCUGAUGAACAACAGGAAGUCUACUGCAGUCUUUUUUUGAGGAAAUUUGAUAUGAGAAAUACCAAACAUUUGCUAAAAUAUAUUUCGUUUACCUCAAGAAAUAGUUUUCGUCGAAGUUCUUCAAAAAUACCCACGAUAUUUUGUGUCCGGCCUAUGUCCUCAGAUCACCUUGAAAGAACAGCCAGUAACACUAGACACAACGUAAGUAAAAUUUUAAAAAACAAAAUGUCAGACGGCACAAACAACUGUGUGGCUGGUGCAGAUCACUAUACCGAAAUUCACCAACACUAUGCUGAAGAGUGUAGCCAGGAUGAUAUCGGAACAUUCCUGUUUACGUCCGAGUCAGUUGGUGAAGGUCACCCUGACAAGAUGUGUGACCAAAUUAGCGAUGCCAUUUUAGACGCUCUGUUAAGAAGUGAUCCGAAAGCAAAGGUUGCUUGUGAAACGGUUGCAAAAACUGGAAUGAUUCUCCUGGCAGGGGAGAUAACUAGCUCAGCCACCGUCGAUUAUCAACAGGUGGUCCGUGACACUGUACAGCAGAUUGGAUAUGAUAAUUCGGCAAAGGGUUUUGACUACAAGACUUGUAAUGUUCUGAUGGCUUUAGAACAGCAAAGUCCAGAUAUCGCUCAAGGGGUGCAUCAGAACCGAUCGGAAGAUGACAUCGGAGCAGGUGACCAGGGUAUCAUGUUUGGAUAUGCAACAGAUGAGACUGAAGAAUGCAUGCCACUCACUGUAGUCCUGUCACACAAGCUGAAUCAGAAAAUAGCUGAGCUGCGUCGUAAUGGGGGACUACCUUGGGCUCGACCCGACACCAAGACCCAGGUGACUGUCGAAUAUAAAUAUGAUGGUGGGGCUUGUGUACCAUUACGUGUACACACCAUCGUCAUAUCUGCACAGCACAAUGAACAUGUGACAACGGAAGAAUUACGUGAACAAAUCAUGGAGAAGGUUAUCAAUGUUGUCAUUCCUCAGCGAUAUGUGGACAGUAGCACAAUCUUUCACAUACAACCCUCGGGAAAAUUCAUCAUUGGAGGUCCGCAGAGUGACGCUGGGCUUACAGGCCGGAAGAUCAUUGUUGACACCUAUGGGGGUUGGGGAGCACAUGGAGGAGGGGCCUUUUCUGGAAAAGACUUCUCCAAGGUCGACAGAUCGGCAGCAUAUGCGACUCGCUGGAUUGCUAAAUCUUUGGUGAAGGCUGGUUUAUGUAGAAGAGUCCUUAUCCAGGUUUCCUAUGCGAUCGGUGUGGCCAGACCAUUAUCUAUAACUGUACAGAGUUAUGGAACAUCUGACCUCACAGAGGGACAACUUCUCAAGGUCAUAGAAGAUAAUUUUGACCUUCGUCCUGGUGCCAUUGUCAAAGAGCUUCGACUCCAUGAUCCUAUCUAUCAAAAGACAGCUUGCUAUGGACAUUUUGGAAGACCAGAGUUUACAUGGGAGAAACCAAAACCACUCAAAGUUGAUGUUUAAAUUAAAAUUUAAAACCAAAAGAAAAGAAAUUUAUUUACACAAGCAGUUAAUUAAUAUCUCUCUAAUGAUGUAAGGGAUAAUUAAUUUGAAUUUUUGAAAUAGAAUGGCCAAAAUGUGUUGUAUUGAUAAAAUUAUGUGGAAUGGCCAUGGUGUUCACUUGAAAAUUAGGCCAGAAAAAGUGAUAGCUAUAGGCGGUACUUCAAAGGUGUGGAGUUAAAUUAUGUUGAAUUAUUGUUGAACAACAGUGUAUUUCAACAUUAGCAAACUUGUGAUACAUUAUCAAUUUAUAUUAGGUAAGGGUAUCUAUAACUUCAUGAUUGAUCACUGAUGAUCACUGAUCUGCCAAUAUAUUCUUUAGCCUUUCGUACCAAGGACUAAAUUGUUUUCACUACCUAAAUGUAAAAAAAAAAAUGAAAAAAAGUUAUUUUUAACUUUGAUUUUGCAUGGAAAUGUUUCUCUGUUGUACAUAGUUUGUGUUUUUUAAGCACACAGUGUGUUUAUUAGGUUGAAUAGGGUAAAUAUAGUGAAGAUAUAAGUUGGCAAAGUUCAGUGAGGGUUGAAAUUAUUUUUCCUUUUCCAAGAAAACUUAUGUAGGACAAGAGUAAAAAUUCAACACCCAGACCAGGACUUGAACGGGACUUUAACCGGGACAAGACCUCUGGGUGUAUGUUCUAACCAUUAAAGCUAUAUCCCUGGCCUUUUAAUUCGGUGCUUAGAGCUAGCACAGCCCAGUUCCAAUACAUUCCUCCCUCCUUCAAGAAAGUCUUUGACUCCAAAGACAUACAGGAGAAAAAAAUCAUAAAUUUCAAUAAUUAUAUGUCGUUUUUAGUUUAGAAUUCUAUUGAAAACAGUAUUUUUAUUUAAGAAUCUCAUUUCACAACUUUUAUUUGUAUUAUACGAACAAAGGUUUACUUGGUGAUGAUUUUUAGGCUUAUAAACAAAUUUGUGUACCUGUAUAUGUACUAUCAGUAUCAUCAUGGUACUAUUUAAAUUGACCAUACAUGUAUGGUUUGUUCAAAACUUGUCCAGAAAGAUGAUUUCAAGUCUUUGAAUCGUCAUCAUUAUAGCACUUUGAUUUUUGAUCAAUAAAAAGAUUUACAAUCCUAAGGACCAGCUUUACUAAUUUACCCUCCUAAAGAAAAAGUGAUUACAGGUUUGUUCUUUUGUAAAGCAGAUCAGCCAAUGUCAAUUUCUUCUUUAGAUUUUUUUUUCUGAAUGACAAAUCCAAAGAUACCUAAAUAAAUAUCAAGGUCAUGGGUCAAAUUUGCUGUUAAUUUUUUUAAGUCUAGAAAAUGAUGUUGAUCUGCCAGCGUCGGUAUGAGAAGCAUGCUUAGAUAAGAUUUGCAAACCUCAUGAUCAGAGUCCAGAGGUCCAAAUUCAUUACCUAGACCAACGUUAAGGGUUGUCUGUGAGUGAAUUGAAUUAAUUGUAUAUCUUGUAGAAGGAGAAGGACGGACCAAAUGGAUAAAGGAAUGAGUAUAUAGGUAUAUUGUAAUAGAUUUAACACAACUGAUACAGACCCAGUAGACCUCUUUUUUAUAGUGCAUGUUUGGGCAUAAAAGUUAUCAUCUUCGCUAGUCAAGGUGUCUGAUUAUUGUGUUACACUCCACAAACCCUUAGCAGUCGUGUUCAAACCGUCGUACACUCCACAAACCCUUAGCAGUCAUGUUCAAACCGUCGUACACUCCACAAACCCUUAGCAGUCGUGUUCAAACCAUCGUACCCUGGAAUCCCAGGUUAUCCAAUCAAAUCAUGUCUUACAUUCUGGCUUGGUUUCACAGUAAACUAAAAUUACGGCACCCAGUACAGAGCUACCCUGUUUACUAUGUCAUGGCAUUUUACCUAAAAACAGGGACGUAUAUUAUUUGGGGAAACAGUCGUAGUACUUGAUCUAUUGAGAGACAUGCCUCAUCGAAAUGACACAAGUCUCCAUGUGUGUUUGUCACCGAUUAGGUACAUCUGUAUUAAACGCUCGUUUUUAUAGAAAAUUUCAUGGAUAAAGGGCGGUAAUUUUGAAUCUCCACUAGAGGGUCAGAGCAUAUAUCUGCCAUGGACUAGUGAAGUGUAACGCAGUCAAAAGCCUUGACUAGCGAAGAUGAAAAAUUAUGGACCAAUCCCUCAAUUUUAAUACUGUUUGCUCCAUUAAUUACUGUUUUUUUUUUUAAAUUGUGAGAAUGUUUUUUGCAAGUGAAGUAAAAUGUUUUUCCAGAUUUUCUUCAUCACUUCCAUGUGUGUUUGUAAAGAUUAACAGAUAUGUUUGUAAAGAUUUGCAACUGAUGAUAAUUUUGCUAUACAUAUUGAACAAGUUUUUAUGGUGCUAUAAAAACAAGAAUGAUGGAAAUCUUUUUUAUGGUUCAAGAAUUCCAGACUUUUAGACUUUGCAAAAAGUUUUAAUUAAAGAGGAUACAUUUUGUCAUGAAAAGGACCACGAUUUAUUGGCUUGCAUUUAAUUAGUAAUCGUACAUGUAGGUUUCUCCUUAUAUAAUAAGUGUGACUAACCUGUUGUGUUGUUGGUAUGUAAUUUUACCAAGAUUUUCGAUCUGGCUGAUAUUAUGUUUAGUUUGUGUUUGUUAGUGUAUAAUGAUUUUUUCUCAAAUCCUGCAACGUCCAAAGUUCAUGCGCAAAUACACCAUAUUACUUUUUUUCAUUAAUUGUAAAAUUCUUUGAAAAGACUACAGUGUGAUGAUUUACCUGACAUGAGACUGUAAGACAAGUUGAGGUACUUAUAGAAAGAACAAAAUCAAAAUAUUUUUCUUUUAUACAAAUAUUGUAAUCAUAUUGAUUUUAAUGUAUACAUUAUUUA